AGAGAGAGAGAGAGAGAGAGCAGCAGGCAGCCCCCCCCAACGGCUGGCUCGCGAGAAUCGAGUCGGUCUCUGCACGCGCUUCCAAGGUAUUAGCUGCUCCAUCAGGGCAGCGAUAGUCAAGUUCUGUUCUACUGGAGGAAGAAGAGCAGGGAAGGGAGCAAGAUGGGGUCCGGAUCUUUCCUCAAGGUGCUGGCUAACAACUUCGAUGUCCUAGCAGGGCCACUCAUAUCACUUGCAUAUCCUCUAUAUGCUUCUGUUAGAGCAAUAGAGACCAAAAAUCCUGUAGAUGACCAGCAGUGGCUCACUUACUGGGUGUUGUACUCAUUUAUCACUUUGUUUGAGCUAACUUUUGCUCCAAUUAUCGAGUGGCUUCCAUUUUGGUCAUAUGCAAAGUUGUUCUUUAACUGCUGGUUGGUCUUACCUUGGUUCAAUGGUGCUGCUUAUGUUUACGACCAUUUUGUGCGGCCAACGUUUGUGAACCGCCAAAUAGUGAACAUAUGGUAUGUUCCAAGGAAUGAGAAGCUAGGUAAAUCUGAUGAUGUUCUGUCAGCUGCAGAGAGAUAUAUUGAGCAAAAUGGACCGGAAGCAUUUGAGAAGCUCAUCAGCAAGUCUACAAAGUCUUCAAAAUCAAGGAACACAAAGCGGUCGAUCUUGGAGGAGGCAGAGGCUGAAAACAGAGCUAAGGCUGAAAGAGAAUCGUGGGAUGAAAAUCCCUUCUACGACAAAAAUUACAGAUACUAAACCACGUCCACUCGGCAGCUUGAAGACGGACCUUGCUUAUGAGCCCCAUGCGAGCUUUAGCCGCGUCACAGACUGAAGACGACUUUCCCAUAUUUCUGACUCAGUACUGUACCUUGUUACAUCCACUGCUACUAAACAAUGAGUUAUAGAGCAAUUGUGGACUGUAAAUGGAGGUAGUUGCUAGCGAUGAUUAUUUAUGUGAGCUUUUGUAUAUUAUAUACAGUGGAGUAGUGGACUGCGUUCAUCUUCUGCGUUUCUCCCUUCUGGCCGUCUGCUCUUUUGGAAUUUCGAGCGAACAGAUUUCAGCACCUCGUGAUUUUUUUUUAAGAAA